UUCGAUAUUUCGUCUGCAGAAGUUAAAAAGUGCAACAUUCGUAACAACGUGGAGCAAAAUACAUAUUGACUAUAACGUAAUCAACUUGAUAAAAAUAAUCUGUCACUCGUAUAGCCUAUAUAGGAUAAGAUAAGCAUUAAUAGUAAAUCAACAAUUCACGUAAAUUAUUUAUUUAAAAAAAUGUAUAAGUCAAUCCACCUUAUAAAUGAAACACUAAUGAUGAGUCAUUGAAACGAAUUCUAUUGAAAGGAUUUAACGCAGAAUAAUACAAGCCAUUAAAAACCAAUUUUUAUUAUCAAACACUUCCUGAUGACGUUGAACCUUACAUAAGAUUGCCACGACGAAAUGAGUUAUCUGCAACGUUUUCAUACCAAGUUAGAGUGCCUUUACUGCCAACUGUACAAGUUUCGCUUAUUUCACAAACAGUGUUAUUAGUGCAUUUGUGAUAUUAUUUAUAAUGCACUGCUAGUUGGUUCUUUCUUCUGUACAAUUUAUUUUAUGUGUGCUGUAGCAAUAUAAAUAUAUUUGAACUAAUAAUUUGUAGAUAUUAACAUUCAAUAUUGAAUAGUAAAGCAUUUAAAAUAAUAGUAGAAAUGGCAGAUGAAACUAGGAAUAUUCUUAUAACUGGUGGUGCUGGUUAUAUAGGUUCACAUACGGUUUUGGAACUACUUAAUACAGAUUUUAAGGUGGUGGUUAUUGAUAACCUUAGUAAUGCUUAUAAAGGUAAAGGAAGUGAAAAGCCUGAGUGUAUUUUAAGAGUUGAAAAAUUGGCAAAUAAACAAGUUACAUUUAUUGAUUGUGACAUCACUAAUAAAAGUUCUUUAAGUGACAUAUUCAGUAAGAACAACUUUUUCUGUGUUAUUCAUUUUGCCGCCUUGAAAGCUGUUGGUGAAUCAUGUUCAAUACCGUUAGACUAUUACAAAGUAAAUGUCUCUGGGACAAUAAAUUUAUUAGAAGUCAUGAAGGAAAACAAUGUUAAACGGUUUAUUUAUUCAAGCAGUGCUACUGUAUAUGGUGUACCUGAAAAACUACCUUUAGUUGAGGGAAUGAAAAUAGGAAAUUGCACAAAUCCCUAUGGGAAAUCAAAAUUCAUGGUUGAAGAAAUAUUGGUAGAUCUCUGCCACUCUGAUGAAGCAUGGUCAGUAAUAUCUUUGAGAUAUUUUAAUCCAGUUGGAGCUCAUUCAUCUGGAGAAAUUGGAGAAGAUCCUAAUGGUAUUCCUAAUAAUCUGAUGCCUUUCAUUGCCCAAGUUUCUGUAGGUAAAAGAGAAUCGUUAUCUAUCUAUGGAAAUGAUUACAAUACCUGUGAUGGCACAGGAGUAAGAGAUUAUAUUCACGUUAUGGACUUAGCAUCUGGCCAUGUGAAAGCAUUAAUUUAUCUAAAAACUAAAAAUCCAACUGGCUUCCAAGCCAUAAAUCUUGGCAGUGGUAAAGGUCAUUCUGUACUUGAAGUAAUACAUGCCUAUGAAAAAGCAUCUGGGAAAAAAAUUCCAUACAAGAUAGUAGAGCGAAGAGCAGGGGAUAUAGCAUCAAGUUAUGCUGAUGCAAAUUUAGCCAAAAAACUAUUGGAUUGGGUUGCUGUUAAAAACCUUGAUGACAUGUGUGCAGAUACAUGGAGAUGGCAACAACAAAAUCCAAAUGGCUUUAGUGUAUGAUAACAUACUAGUCAAAAGAAAUAUUAAUAAAGUAAUUAUAUCAACAUUAUCAAAUGUACAAUAUUUUUGUUGUUCAAUCAGUUAAAAAUACUUGAUUGAUUACAUAUAUACUGUUGUAUCGCGGCUUGUAGUUACCAAAAUUACAUUCAAAUAAGUAAGCAUAGUAUAUUAGAAAAAUAUUUUUAUGAAAUUAUUUAUUUUACAAUUGUAUUGUUUAUUUAUAUUUCAUUUUUAAAACUAAUGGCUUACUGAAAACGUUAUAAUAUAUAUAUUUACUGAUCAGCAUUCACUUAAUUGAUAUAAAUUUUU